AUGGCGUCAGAUAUUGGAUUCAUUGGCCUGGGGAACAUGGGCUACCGGAUGGCGGUGAAUCUUCGCAAGAAGAUGGAUCCAGAGGCGACGCUGUACGUUUACGAUGUCGUCGAAGCCGCCUGCCAGCUCUUUUCCGACCAGUGCAGUGGAUACGGCAAGAUCGUCGUGGCCACUUCGUCCAGGGAGGUGGCAACCAAGUGUCCGACGCUGCUCUCGAUCGUGCCAAUGAGCAAGCACGUCCGCCAGGUCUAUUUGGAUCCGGAGAACGGGGUCAUCGCGGCGCCCAAGGACCGCAACCGCCUGAUGCUGGAGUGCAGCACCAUCGAGAUCAAGGCAACGCAGGACGUUGGCAGGGAAGUCAUGGCCGCUGGGGCGGGCAUCUAUGUCGACACGCCCGUGUCCGGGGGCGCACGAGGCGCCGAGGAGGGCACCAUUGCGUUCCUCGUCGGGCACCCGGGCCCCACGGAGGAGGCCGGGGCAGUCGCACAGCGCAUCAAGGACGUCGUCUCGUUUAUGGGGCGGCCCGACCGCGUCAACUUCUGCGGCAGCCUGGGCGCCGGGCUCGUGGGCAAGAUCGUCAACAACUACAUCUCCAUCAACAACGUGCUGUCGCUGGCGGAAGGCAUGGCGUUCGGGUUGAGGUACGGCGUCGACAAGAUGACGUUGUACAACUGCGUCAAGAGCUCCAGCGGGGACUCCUGGGUGCUGGAGAACAAGAAUUCAGUGCCCGGGGUGAUCGCGAGGUCGCCGGCAAGCAAUAACUUCAAGGCCACGUUUCCGGCCAGGAUGGUGAUCAAGGAUUUGACGCUAGGUAUCAACGCGGCGAAGGAAGUCGGCAUCGAUGCGACGAUGGGUGAGAACGCCCUCAAAUCGUUCCAGAGGGCGGACCAAGAUCCUCGCACGACGGUCAGUGCAAUUUGA